CAAGCUCUUCAAGGCACCUGUAAUUCCACCGACUUUUUCGAGGCUGCUCUUGAUCUUCAUAACCUCAAAGUCAUACUUGAAGAAUAUCCUGGCCUACAAGGUGGUUGGAAUGGCCUUGUCUUAAAAGAACAAAAUCAUGAAGACUGCCUUUAUUCAAUAGACACUUGUACGGCACUAUCAGCAAUCAUGUCAGUACUCCUUUAUAAUCCCGUUCAAUGUCGAGGACUUGGUAGCCACCCACCAGAAGCUCAUAUAAAGAUUCAGAAGUGGUCAAAAUAUCAACUGAUUCCUGGAAAUGCUAAGGAAGGUUCGUCAAGAUCCGAAUUUUCCGCCGUGAUUUUGAACUCGAAGCAAUGGCAAUUUCCUUUUUUCAUUGUUGAAUUUGAACAGCACGGUUUUGAGGUUCACAAGGAUGUCGCAGUUGUUCGCGAGAAUGAUUGUGAUCAGAUCAAUAUUAAUAAUAGUAAGAUGGUGUUUAUUUUCGGCAAAUUGUGUGCAGAGAUCAAGGACUUCCUGGAAAAAUCGGCAACUCAGUAUAAUCAAAGUAUUUUGAAAGCAAUGCCAAAACUCCCAAGACAGCAGAAAAAUUUCGAGAAGCGCUCAUUAAGAUAA